UUUACGUCAACUCAAGUCGCUCGCCGCGGCCUCCAUUUUGCAAUAUUUUGCGAGCUAGCUGCUCCCCGUUCGCAGUGCAUCAUCGGCGAUAAAUAAACGUGCAGAGAAAACCACCGUUUCGAGCCGAAGAGAUAUUCGCCCGGACACGACGAUGGCCGACCCAUCCGCAGACGUGAAGGUUCCGGAGGGCGCAGAGGUCCGCAGGCUGUCGGAGCUGCGGGUGAUCGACCUGAAGGCCGAGCUGAAGAAACGAAACCUGGACAUCACGGGCGCCAAGAGGGUGCUGUCCGAGCGCCUCAAAAAGGCAAUCGACGAAGAGGGUGGGAAUCCGGACGAGAUAAUCGUCGCCCCGGAGUCGACUCCAAAGAGAUCCAACGUUACACCCAAGCGGUCCUCCAAAGAUAUCAGGCCGGAAAAUGAUGAACCAGAGGACAGUACUAUCGAAGAGGAUUGUCACUUUGGCCAGGAAGAGCCUCAGGAUUUUCCUGAGAACAUGCAAGAAAUGAACAUCCUCGACAUGAACGUUCUCGACGAGACCGAGAACGACAACGGGAUACCAGCCGAGGAUGACGAGGAGGAAGCCUCAAAUGUUCACUCCGACGAUGAUGCGCUGUUAAAUGAAGAACCCGAUGAAGAAGUGAUGUUAAGUGAACAACACGACAGCGGGACCGUCGAGUCAGAAAAUGACGCAAGAGGCCCAGAGAUGGAUGAGUCUGAGAUGUUAGAUAUGACUGAACACACGACAAGCUCGUCAACCAAUAUGGCUCAGGAUCCAGAUGCGGAUGACGUGCAAGAAGUAACAGAAAAUGACAAAGUAGCCGGCUCUUGUUUAUCUGAGCCACUUAACGAAGAUCACCAGGAGAGCCUCGGGACGAGCCCAGAAGAAGAGCAAGCUGCCACCGCCGGAGGGGAAGACAAUGUGUCCGACACCGGUGUCGCGUCCGAGAACGCCGCCGCUGGAGACGUGGAGAGCGCCAUGGAUGUUGUUGAGACUUGCACUAAAGAGGUCGGGGAGGCCGAGAAUGCCCCAGAAGAGACAUUUGACGCAGAAAACGAAAGCUCGCAGGCUGUUAGUGUAAGCGAACAAGGCACUGUGGGUGAAACUGUUGAUUCAGAAAUGGGGUCUAAGAAGGGUGAGGAGGAUGAGAAGACGGAAGACAAAGCUGCUGCGGACUCAGCCUCCACAGUGAAAGAGUCCUCUUCUGUAGAGGGCGAUGAUCAGAAAAAGAGCUCUGAGGAGAACGAUGGCACGACUGAGUCAAAAGAUGAAAAGGUCGCUGAAGGCGCUGCAGCUACCUAUAGCAGGAAUCUGUGGGUCAGUGGGCUGUCUUCCACUACUAGAGCGACUGAUCUGAAAACUCUCUUCAGCAAAUAUGGCAAGGUCGUUGGCGCUAAGGUCGUGACCAAUGCCAAGAGCCCCGGGGCUCGCUGCUAUGGUUUCGUUACCAUGUCGACAGCCGAUGAGGCCACCAAGUGCAUCAGCCACCUUCACAGGACUGAGCUGCAUGGCAAGAUGAUCUCUGUGGAGCGGGCUAAAAACGAGCCUGUGGGGAAGAAGCCGGCAGACAAGAAUGACCCCAAGAAGCCUGUCGGUGACAGGAGGCCGUCCGCUGACUCGAAAUCGGAAGAGAAAGAUGAGAAGGUCGAGGGAGACGGAAAGGAUGGCAAAGGGCAGAAUGAGAGGACAGUAAUUAUGGACAAAUCCAAAGGGGAGCCGGUCAUCAGCCUCAAAACCAAAAGCAAGGAGCGAAGCUCAAAAAGCCGGGACCGCAGUUCACUCAGUAAGGAGAAGAAAGAAAUCCUGACGUUUGACCAGAUCAAGGAGCAGAGAGAGCGGGAGAGACAGAGGCAGCGAGAGCGCGAGGUCCGAGAGGUGGAGAGACGCAGUGACCGCGACAGCCGGGAAGGCAACCGCCCGGACCGGGAGCGCGAGCGGAUCCGUCUGUUCCGAGAGAAGGAGGAGAGGAAACACUUGCUCCGGAAGAGAAGCUGGCUGGAGGCCGAGAAGCAGCGCCUCGACGCGGACCGCAUGGAGCGUCAGUUCCUGGAGCGGGAGAGGCUGCGCAUAGAGUACGAGAGGCGGCGCGAGCAGGAGCGGAUCCUCAGGGAGCGCGACGAGCUGCGGCGGCAGCAGGAGCAGCUGCGCUACGAGCAGGCCCGCCGCUCCGUGAAGAGGCCCUACGAUAUGGAUGGCAGGAAAGAUGACUGGCCUGACAAGCGCAUGGCCAUGGAUGACCGAUACAGCCGCUCAGACUUUGGUCGCCAGGAGCGUUAUCAGGACUUUGACCACAGGGACCGAGGCCGUUACCAGGACGACCUGAUGUUGGACAGGCGGGACAGCACUCGUGGCGCCGGCGCAGACCGGGUCAGUCAGCACUUCUCGGACAGGUCAGAGAGACACGGCAGAGAAGGCCGAGACUCCUGGAGUGGAAACUAUGACAAACGCAUCAACCCCAGGGAAGGAGUCCGGGACUGGGACUCCAGUCGGAAAGCAGAUGGAGACAGAACAUGGCAAAGUAGAGACGGGGCCAUCCCAGGCCAGAGCCAUAUGGCACGAGGAGGAAUAGCAAGCCGCGGAAGCUACAUGAACACAGGGACAUCUCAGUCCUUGUCCGGAGCUCUCAACAGGCAGAACCAGCUGCUGCAGGGCAGCGGCCUGCAGGGCGGAGCGUUCGGCCGACGCUACUGAUGGCUCAGUUGGUACGACAGUUGGACUGUCUCAGGACGGAUUUGACUUUUUUUGUACUUUUUUUUUUUUGUACUUCUUUUUUUGAUGGAGACAUUUUGUUUUACACUUUGUUUCUCUUUAGUGUUUGUGUGUGUGAUGUAGUGAUCUCCUGCCCUUCUAUUUAUCAGUCAAUCCAACCUACCUUUAUAGUGUAACACAUCUGUUUGUUGAAAAUGAGUUGUUUAUGCAGGACAGUCGCAGAGCUCUGUGUUGUAAAAUAAGAUGUUUCCUAGACCCCUGGGUCAGUGGACCUAACCUCGCCCAGUUUGUCCCAGUUGGUCGGAAGCAUUCUGGGCAGUUUCCAGUCUCAAUAAAUUAGCCUUUGUUGCAAUUACCUUCUUCAUAGCUCAUAAUUUUAAAAACAAUGAUAUAACAAUGAGUUUUGCUGAAGAGUAAAAUGUUUUUAAAGGUAAAUCCAUCCACAUUAUUAUCCAUGCCUGUUAGAUUUACUUUUGAAAUAUAUUUCAAUCUGCUUUUUUGUGUUGUUUGGAUAAUGGUAAAUGCACCAGGAGCAUCUGUGUGUUCACUAUUGAUUUAAGAUCUGUUCUAAAAUCUAAAUCUUAAAGUGUAAUGUAUUCUCAGCUUGUUUUUGUUUUUCAUAAAUGUGUCAUAUUUAGUAAAGUCCAUUUCACGCCAUGCUCUCAAUAAAAUGGACUCAAUACAUAAAAGAUUAUCCCUCC